ACGUAUACAAUUAUUUGUCGACGUUAAUAUUAUAUUAUUAUUAUCCAAUGACCAAUAGUAUAAUAAUAUUUAAUAUUAAAAUUUUUUAAAUGGUUCAAUGGUUGUAGACGUUGUAGUGCAGUGGACUUUAAUUGUACCAGUAAUGUCAAAGUUAAACGUACGUCAGUCAUAAAUUGCAAUUGGGAUUUAGUGUUUGCAGCAACUCGUAUUUUGUUCAUCCUAGUGCAACUAUAACCAUGUACUUUCCGUUAGGCUGGCCAAAAGUUUUGGCUUCAGCGCAUGCUGCUGGCACCCUUGUCCAAGUGAUAUGCAACAGAGACAAAAUUCUAUUUGCUAUACUUUCCAUCGAUCGACUGGAAAUAUGGUUUUGCAAGCCAUGUGUGAAGAUUACCUCAUACACAAGAUCUCCUCAAAGUCUUGAUGAAAUUGGUUUUAAUCGACGUGUAGAAUGGAGGCCAGAUUCCAGUAUGUUGGUUAUAGUCACUACAAAAGGUUAUUUAAUAUUUUACAAUUUGAGUAUUAUUGGUGAUCCUGGAAGCUUAUAUCACUUAGAAGAUUCACACAUCUCUAGUCUAAAACGAGAAAAUGAUGAGCUAUUUGUGAAGGAGACCAUACCAUCUUUACAUAUUAAACAAGAUCAAAUUGCUUGUGUUGACGGUAGUGUGGAAUGUAUGGCUUGUAUUCGUGAUGAAUUAAUGGUGUCUACUUGUAAAGGACAUGUAUUGCGAUAUCACUGGAAUGGUUCCAUUAAUCGAGAUUACUGUUUAGAUCUUCGUAGAACACCGUUUUCUAUUGAUCUACACGUUUCUAAUGCUGCACCAUUAACUAGCAGAGAUACUUUUAUUGUUGAUAUGGAAUACUCACCAUUAGUUGGAGGUUUUGGAAUUAUUUUGAAUGAUGGUCGUGCAGCACUACUUACAGCAUCAUCUUUAAAAUUUGAUCCUAAUCAAGUUCAAGGUAUUUGGGCACCAAAUAUUGAUACAGCUACGUGUACAAGUUUGAACCACAAGUAUAGAUUGAUUGCAUAUGGACUAAAAAAUUCUCAGGGCAUAGUAUUCGGUCUUGAUGAACGUACUGGUGGAUUACAGUUAUCUCACAAUCUUGUGAUUCCUAGUCAAGUAUGGCCAGGUGGAGGAUUAGGUUCUGUGAGGUGUACUCGAUGGACACCUGAUGGCUGUGCUUUAGUAAUGGCUUGGGAGAAUGGUGGUUUCGCUGUGUGGAGUACUUUUGGAGCUCUGUUAGUUUGUUCAUUGGCUUGGAACUUCAGUGUAAACAUUGAUUUAAGCUCUAGAAAUCCACUCAAUAUUAUUUCUAUGGAAUGGUGUAUUGAAGGCUAUCAAUUAUGGAUGAUUAAUGGAGCCUCUAAAGAUUCACAUGAUGAUACAGUACUACAAAUGUCAUUUUUAAAAAGUGCUCUUGCUGUAAAUCCAACAAUGAGCCAUCGUCCACAUUUAUAUCUCCAAGGUGAAGAUAAAUUGUAUUUGAAUGUAACAUCUGGUCUAACCAAAGUAUAUAAAAUGACUCAAUCCAAUAACAGAACAAAAGACCAAUUAACUAUAACCAGUGCUUUAGUUGAAAAUAAACAAUGGAUAAUUGUUUAUGCACCUUCUCCAUAUUUGGGAACCAAUUGGCCAAUUAGAACAUCUUGUAUAGACGAUGAUGGAAAACACAUAGCAAUUGCUGGGCGUUGUGGUAUUGCUCAUUAUUCUUUAAUUACCCAUCGCUGGAAAUUAUUUGGCAAUGAAAUACAAGAAAAAGAUAUGAUAGUAACUGGUGGAGUCUUAUGGUGGCGAUGCUAUAUUAUAUGCGGAUGUUACAGCGUGCCUGUUGAUGAACAUCAAGUGCGAAUAUAUAAUGGAGAUUCUAGAUUAUCUAAUGAUAAUAUGAUUUCUUAUCAAUUAACCGGACAAGCUUUAUUACUUGAUUGUUUGGGAAACCGGUUAGCUGUUUUUUGUUCUGAUGGGAUUGUUAAUUUAUUUAACAUUGAGCUUUCACCUAAUCAUAAUAUGGCAAUAUUGGAUAGAGUACAGACUAUUGAUAUGUCAGCUUUAUGUAUACAUCCUACUUGCGUGGUUUCUGUUCUACUUACAACUCUUCGUAUUGAACCAAAAGUUAAAGGUUCUACUGUAAGAGACAAUUUUCUACUCAAUAUUAAUGGAAAUUUGUUGUUAGUAAAUCAGCAAAGCUGUGAUGAUCAGUCUCAAGUUAUUCCAUCUCCAAUUUUAUUGGCAUCUUGUGUAGAGAAUGCUUGGGUUUCAAGCCAAUACCGCCGUGAUAAGCCUCAUCUGACUGAAGCUCUUUGGUUAUUUUGUGGUGCUCAUGGAAUGAGGGUUUGGCUUCCACUAUUUCCAAAAAAUGGUGAUAAGUCUCAUACUUUUAUGUCAAAAAGAAUUAUGUUGCCAUUUCAACUUAAAAUUUAUCCAUUAGCUAUACUUUUUGAAGAUGCUAUUUUAUUGGGUGCAGAAAAUGAUACAUUACUGUACACAUCAGAUACUACAACUGUUUUUUCUUUGCCAUUCUGUCAAGUAGAAAGAACGAGUCAAGUAUAUUUACAUCAAAUAUUGAGACAAUUGAUACGGCGUAAUUUAGGUUUCCAUGCUUGGGAAGUUGCUAGGUGUUGUACGAAUUUACCAUAUUUUUCUCACUCUUUGGAACUUUUGUUACAUGAGGUUUUAGAAGAAGAAGCUACCAGCAAAGAACCUAUACCAGAUGCUCAGUUACCUAGUGUUAUAGAAUUCAUACAGGAAUUUCCAAAUCUAUAUUUAGAAACUGUGGUUCAGUGUGCUCGUAAAACUGAAAUUGCAUUAUGGCCUUAUUUAUUUUCUGCAGCUGGUAAACCUAAAGAUCUUUUUCAAGAAUGUCUCAAACGACAAAAUUUAAAUACUGCUGCUUCGUAUCUUAUAAUACUCCAGAAUUUAGAAUCAUCUUCGGUCAGUUGUAAAUACGCUACUUUGUUAUUGGAUUCAGCCUUAGAUAGUUGCCAAUGGGAUUUAUCUAAAGACCUUGUCAGAUUUUUGAAAGCAAUUGAUCCAAAUGAUGCAGAUUCCCCAAGAACAUCUUGUGUUUUUCCUGCAAAAUACAGCAUGAUGGGACAAGCAAGCACAGUGAAUCCAAAUGAGGAAGAUUUAUCAUUUUUAAUGGGAAACAUUCAGGUGAGAGGACGAAGUAUUAGUACCAGCACUACACCUAAAAUAGAUAUGAAUUCUACUUUUGUAAGAACUGAUAGUAGAACAGAGCAUAAUAAUUCACAAAGAAAAAGAUCUGUACUUUCAAAUGGAAAAUCAGAAAAUGGAAAAGAUAUGGCCACUUGUAAUUCUAUUCUUGAAGAAUUUUUCACUGAUACAAUUCUUCAAAAACAUGCUGCCAAAUUGUUGUUUAAUUACAAACUAAGAGCACUUGGAUAUUUUGCUGCUCGAUUAGACUUUCAUUUAGUUGAAUGGUUAGCUAAAGAACGUAAUGGAGCAGCUCGGAUUGAUAACUAUAUUGUGGCCUUGAAAAGUCUUUAUACUGAUUUUUCUAUAACAAGACCAUUAACUCCUAUCCAGAAACGUUCUCCACCACCAUCGGGUAUGUUGUUUAAUAUAGACAAACCUAAGUGGAUAGAUGGAGGUAGUGCUGUUGGAGAUAGUGGCUACAUGAGUUGUCAAGAUGUUCCUCAAAUUUCUUCUCAAUAUCCACAGGAUGGAUUUCUUACAGGAAUCGAUGAAGCUAGUACUGUUAGUGAAUCUGAAGAUGCUUUGUUGUGGAAUGAAGAAAGAACACAGGCUAAUAUUGAUAAUUGGAAUAUUAUUCCUAAUGCACAUAUGCUUGAACAACUUUCUAGUGAGCAUUUAUCCCAAGACACUUCAAAAGCUGAAGUGCAACUUAGAUAUUUGUUGCAAUUAUUAUUUGAAGCUGGUUGUUUGGAGUGGAGCUUUAUUGUAUCAGUGUUUCUUCGUGAUGCAUUAGCUGUACAAAGACUUAUAUCUAUUUCCCGGUCACCAGAACACAGUUAUGAAUCUGUGUCUAGAUUAAAACAAGCGUUUAUUUUAUUAUACCAAUGGAGUUGCAAUGAAUGCUUUGGCUAUCGACCAUUUAUGUCUACAUGCCAAGCACAAUUGGGUGUAUUAAAUCGAAUAAUAGCAUCUAAACAGCCAGCACCUACUGUAACUCCACAAGCAUCUUCAUCUUCACUAACUAGUGUUCUUACACAAUCAUCUAGAUCACGAUCAGCAAGUGAAGGUACUGGUGGUAGUCAUACUACGUCAGAAAUAACUGAUCAUAGUAUACAAACAGAUUGUCAUCCAGCUAUUGCAUUAGAUUCUAGCUGUGAUGAAACUCAAGACAAUACACCUAAUUUUGAUACAGCAUCUGUAGUAAGCUUGCAAUCACCUAAUAGUUGUUCACUAUCUUAAAGGUAUUUUAUAUAUUACAUAACAGCUUAAUAAUUUAUUUUUGCAAUUCAUCUAUACUGUUUUGAACAAAAUAUACAACAGUAUUUAGCAAGACUUAAGUAAAUAAAAAUACAUUUGUUAUUAUUUUAUUAGUUUAUUAUUUUUGUAGGCUGUCAAUUAGUAGACUUGAUGAAAAUACAUUUUGUUUUCAUAAUUAUGUGUUGUAAUUUAACAAUAUAUUUUAAAUGUCCAAUAUAAUUCCAAAUUACUUGCCAUGGAAUAUUGACUGAUUUAAAUAUUUAAAAAAAAAACAUUCGUUUAAGUGCCUACUAAUUGAAAAAGCCAAAAAUAUAUUAUAAAUAAUUUUUUUAUCUUGUCAUGUUAUUAUUUUAACACAUUUGUGAUAUAUUGUUAUUUAUUAUUAAUUGAUAUAUGAUAUUAUUUAUCCAUUAUUGUUAAUCAAUGAAUUAUUUUUAUUGAAUUUUUUUUUUUUAUCUAUACAUCAAGUUUGUUAGUAACAACAUUCUCAAUGUAUAGAUAAAUAUUGUUUAUUUUGUACAUUGUACACAUUUUGAUAAUAGCAUUGAAGGGUACUCUUUAAGUAUGCUGCUUAUAAAUUACAGUUUUUAAGUAUGACCAAUUUAUAUUUGGAUAGUUAGUACCUAAUACCUAUGUGUUUCAAAGUUUAAAACAAUUUAUAAUUAAAUAUAGUAUUUUUUGAUUAUUGUAUCAAUUAGUCUACAAAAUAGUUUUAUAAUGAAGUAUACACUAAUUAAUUAAGUCAGAUAAUAAAAUAGAUAAAACUGAUAAAUAUAAAAGAGGUCAUUUACUUGUUAUCUAGUGCUAUCUAAUUAUCCAUUGAAGUUUUAAAUUCAGAUUUAAAUAUUGAUCUUUGCCUACUUGAAAGUAAUAUCGAAAUGUCAGGGUGUCACCCUGAUCAAGGUUUCUGAGUUUUUGGAAUUUAGUUUUGAUAAGUGAUAAAUUAUUGUGAAAACAUCAUUGAUCCGAUAAAUUAGAGCAUAUUACAAAAUAUAGUUAUUAUUGAAGUUGACAAAUCAAUGAUAGAAUUAAGGGAAAAGGAUGUGAGUCUACUUCUGAAACAACUCAAUCAGAAAUGGUUUUGAUCAAUAAUUUUAACUAAUGUGUUUGAGAUAAUUUGUCAUUACUUGAAAAUUAAAGCUGACUAAUAUUUUUUAAACUAAUUUAAAUUUUAGAUAAAGUCAACUGAAAUGUUUAUUAAGAUAAUUUAUGAGGUAAGAUAAAAUGUUUAAUUAGAAAACCGAAAUUUGUAGGUAGCAUACUUAGCAAAAUUAAUUCAUGAUACAGGUAGCAUACUUAAUAAGUACCCAUUGAAAAAAUAUUCAGUGUUUUACUAUUUAUAUAGAAGUAUAGUAGAACAUCAAUUAUCUGCUAUAAUUGUAGCUACAAUGAGUUUAGAUAAUCAAUUUGUGCAGAUAAUCAAACAAUUAAAAAUAUAUGAUGAACAUAAAGAUAAUCAACGCUCUACUGUAUAUAAGUUAAUAACAAAAAAUGUAUUUUAAAUGUAAUUAUAUUAUUUACUUUAUUAGGUACUUAUCAAUCUUUCAAUAGUAUAGAAGGUAAUUUUCUUAGUUUAAUUCAUUUUUUUUUUUUUAUGUACAACUUUUGUGCCACGAUUAUAAAAUAAUUAAUACAUUUCAUUUUACUGUAUUAUAUUAAUCUUCGAAAUUUAUUAUAUUAUUUUGUAAUGCUUAUUCAAAAUAAGAAUUAAAUCAACUAACGAUAAUCAUGUAUUUUAAUUUUGUACUAAAAUUAUGACCUAUAAGUAACUUUGAGUAACUUAGUAUUUUGAAGAUUGAUUUUUGUGUAGCUAUUGUGUAGAAUAAGAUUAAGUAUUUAUAUGUAGUCAAUUUGAAUGGAAAAAAGAAAAUUAGUAUUAUUGAAUUCAAAUUGUAUGAAACCUAAGCAAAUAUGCCUUUUGUACAAUCUGAUUAAAAGCUCACAUAGGCUGUGUUAUUGAUUAAUACUAUUAAUACAUUUUGCUUCUUACAUAUUUUUUACUUUGAUUAUGUUGUAUAUUAGUAAGCUAUAAUCAAUUAUUUGUAUGUGUCAUACAAGGUGCUCAAUGUAUUUUAGGGUUGUUAGUUAUUAUAUAUAUUUUUUUUUCAUUGAUUUAUUUCAAUAUUAAAUUAUUAUUAAAUUAUUUGUUGCUGUACAUGAUUUCUUAAAAAUACUAAAAAAAAUUUAUUAAAAAAAAGUUCAAUUAGAAUCAAUAUAAUUAUUUAAAUACAUUUUAAGUUAAUUUUAAAUUAUAUAUUUAUUUCUAUUAUUUAUUUGUUGUGGCAAUUUUAUUGUUAUUAUUUAAAUACAAUGUAGAUAAGUUAUUAUUUAUUUACAAAAUAUUAUACUUGACUUAUGUAUUUUUUAUUAUUAUUAUUAUAUUAUUCAUAUUUUUAUUUAGUAAUUAAUACUUUGAUUAUUGUUUAUUAUACUUAGAUGAUAACUGUUCUAUAAUCAAACAGCAUAAAUGAAA